AUGCAUAAGAAAGAAGGAGAUAAGUUCAUGUACUUCUUCUCUCCAAGGGAUCGGAAGUACCCACAUGGGAACCGGCCUAGGCGACAAGCCGGCAAUGGAUAUUGGAAGGCUAGCGGCGUUGAUCAGCCAGUUACGGUAAACAAUAUCAAAGUAGCAAGCAAGAGGUCACUGGUCUAUUACGAUGGCAACACUAAAAAUUCAACAAAGACUAAUUGGAUCAUGUAUGAAUAUGUAAUGAAUCAACAUAGCACCCCUGCUGAAAGAAAACCUGCUCACAACAAAAAAUCUCAGGCCGCAGCUUCGACCUCAAAUGUCCCUCUUGAAGACGCCAAAAUGAGGUUGGACGAUUGGGUUUUGUGCAAGGUCUACUGUAAGACUCACAAAUCGAAGAACAAGAAUGAAGCAGCUAGUAGCCGUGGUGCUAGCCCUAUUAUCUCGGAGCCUCAAAUGAGUGGAACUGAUGGGGGCAAUUAUGAUCAUAAUGUUGGUGAUAAUCUCGGCGUUGCGCCGUUGAUACAGCAAUAUGAGGGGGUUAAUCUGCAACAAAACCUUGAUUUCACAGGCUCAAUGGCUUCAAUACAAAGACCUCAUCACAAGGCCAUUGCUGUUGGAUAUCACAACUUCGCACAAUUUACGCAAGGAACUGAGCACCAUUAUCAUAAUCAAUACAAUUUGGAGAAUUACGGUGAUCCUAUUUUGCCUCCAUUGCCGUGGAUACAACCUAAUUACAUGGCGUCUAUCAGCACAGCCGUGCCAGUGGUAAAAACCGAAUGCAAUGCCACAAAUUAUGUUGGUUCAACCGGCACGGCGCCUGCAGUGCAAGGAGCUAAUGUAUGUGAAAAUGCAGAUGCUUUUGGUUCUGCGAAUUAUGUGGGGGAUAAUUUCUUUGGUUCAACCAGCUCUGCGACGCCAAUGCAAACAAUGGAUCCAUGCAAUGUGGCUGGUAAUAAUAGAUUCUUCAACUCUGAGCCUUUUGUUACGGAAUAUAGUCUUGACGACUCGUUUCUCAUGCUAGAAGAUCCUAAUACUUAUCUUGAUUCAGUCCAUGGAAAGAAACCAGAGGGCCAAACAUUCAUUGAGUCAUAA